CGGGAAAGAGGUCGAAUUAUACGAGUUGACCUCCAAGCAAAUUUGACCGUCAAAUUGCGGGAGGUUGAAUUUCGAGGUACCACCUGUAAUAAAAAACUAUCAAAGGUUGAACAGUCUUUCCCUAGAACCUGGUUACGUCUAAUUAAAUUUUUAAAAUUUCUUUCCCAACAUUAUUCAGAGCAAAUCGUGUUGACUGACAUUCAGGACCAUGGAUUCAUCUCAAGUCCAGGGUACCCAAGCAAUUACCCCAACUUCGUGGUGCCCAGAGACUGCGGACAAGACCUUUUGGUCGACAGUGGUACCAUUGACACUGUGAGGCUAGGGUUUCUACACCUACGCACCAUGAAUGAAGACUACGUGCAACUCGAACUCCGCGACACAAAUCCGAACUUGGAAUGGUUCGAACAGUUCACAGGAACAUACGACUUGUUCGUGCCGCCGCUUUUUGCUGCGAAUGAAGCCACAGUUUUUCUGCAGAGUGACGCAACAGGAGCAGAUAUUGGUUAUUUGGCUGCUUAUGCUGCUGAAUUGCCAAAUAAUGGGAAA